AUGUUGUUUUAUAUUUUUUGGCUCAUAACAAUCAGUGCUGCCAACAUAAGAAUCAAAACGCUGUCAACAAAACAGUUCCCUCGCGACUUCAUAUUUGGCGUUGCUACUGCCGCUUACCAGAUAGAAGGGGCAUGGGAUGUCGACGGUAAGGGUCCCUCGAUAUGGGACUACUUAGUCCAUACGGACCCUGACCACAUCGCUGACAAGAGCAACGGAGACAUCGCCGCUAACUCUUAUUACAACUACAAAAGGGACAUUGAAAUGUUGAAGGAGUUAGGUAUUACACAUUACAGGUUCUCCAUAUCCUGGACAAGAAUUCUUCCAUUUGGCCGAGCCAACUACGUCAACCAACGAGGCAUCGACUAUUACAAUCAAUUCAUUGAUGAAUUGCUAGCAAAUGAUAUCGUACCUUUUGCGACCAUCUACCAUUGGGACUUGCCUCAAAUUCUUCAGGAACAUGGUGGCUGGCUGAAUGAGAAGAUAGUUGACUGGUUUGGAGACUAUGCUCGAAUCGUGUUUCAAAACUUUGGUGAUCGCGUGAAGCUCUGGAUGACAAUAAAUGAGCCAUUUGUCCAUUGCUUCUUUAGCUACGGUUACGGCGUCCAUGCUCCUAAAAUCAGGUCCCCAGGCAUUGGGUUCUAUGAGUGUGGAAGGCAUAUUCUACUGGCGAAUGCCAGGGCAUACCAUAUAUACAACGAUGAGUUUAGAAGUACGCAAGGUGGUAAAGUUGGUAUCGGUUUGAACUGUGAACAUGUAUUCCCUGCUUCGGAUUCGAAAGAUAAUAUUGAAGGCACUAAAGACUACUUAGCUAUCCACUUUGGCCAAUACAUGCACCCAAUCUUCUCAAAAUCUGGAAACUACCCGCAGCGAAUGAUACACCGCGUGCAGGCUGCUAGCACUGCUCAAGGACACAACUCCUCAAGACUGCGUGGCUUUAAUCAAGACCAGAUUACCUACAUCAAAGGCAGCGCAGAUUUCCUGGGACUCAACCAUUAUUAUACGAAAUAUAUAUAUAGAAACAAUUCUGUCAUUGGAAUGUUUGAGGCACCGUCGAUGGACGAUGAUGCAUUUGCAGCUUCGUAUUUCAAUCAAUCUUGGCCGAGAUCGCACGCUCCAUGGAUUAGGGAGUAUGGACCUGGUUUGCACUACCUCCUGGCCCACAUAAAGGACACGUACGACAACCCCCUGGUAUAUGUAACAGAGAACGGAGUAUCAACUAUUGCUGGCCUGAACGACCACACUAGAGUAUCCUAUUAUAGAAGCUAUCUUAGUGCGGUGCUUGAUGCGUUGGCUGAAGGCUGCAACGUCCAAGGAUACUUUGCUUGGAGCUUAAUGGACAAUUAUGAAUGGUCUUACGGUUAUACCCAACGCUUCGGCCUGUACGAGGUGGAUUGGGAAGAUCCUGAGCGGACCAGGACGCCCAGGAAGUCAGCGUUCGUCUACAGAGAAAUUAUACGUAGUCGGACAAUUGACUACGCCUAUAAUCCUGACCCAUACGCCGGCGGCGCGAGCGCCGUCAAAAGCUCUCUCCUUGUUUUCGUUAUUGUUGUUUUAACUGUAUUUUUUAGCUAA